GGAGGCCCAGUCCUAAAUUAUUUUCUUCUUGUUCUAAGUUGCUGCUUGGUUGGUUCUGGGGAGAAGAAGCAGGUUGUGAAGUGUGAGAGGGGGUGGGUAUGGGCAUCGAUAUUAAGGGACAAAUCGAGAAGGUGAAUGGGAAGGAGCUGAGUUACCGUGAGUUUGUGGAGAGAUAUAUGCAGAAGAACCAGCCCGUGGUGCUCACUGGAAUGAUUGACCAUCACCAUUGGAGGGCUUGCACUGAUUGGGUCACCCCUCAUGGCCAACCCAAUUUUCAAUUUUUAUCCACCCAUUUUGCCUCUUCUAAAGUUCAGGUUGCAGAUUGUGACACCAGAGAAUUCACUGAUCAGAAAAGAGAGGAGAUAUUGGUGUCAGAUUUUAUAGGACGUUGCCUUCAACUUGAGGAUUCUGCAUGUCAGUGUAAUAAUGAAAUUGGUGCCACUAACUGUCACCCUAUAUCUGUACCAUAUUUGAAGGAUUGGCAUUUUGUAAAGGAGUAUCCAGAAUACGUAGCAUACAUCACUCCAAUGUUCUUUUGUGAUGAUUGGCUCAACCUAUAUCUUGACAAUUUCAAAAUGCAUACAGAUUCUGACACAGACCAACAAAAUAAGGAAAUAUGCUGUUCUGACUAUCGAUUUGUUUACAUGGGGGUGAAAGGAUCUUGGACUCCUCUUCACGCUGAUGUUUUUAGGUCCUAUAGCUGGUCAGCAAAUGUCUGUGGAAAGAAGAGAUGGCUUUUUCUAGAUCCUUCCCAGUGUCAUCUUGUGUUUGACAGGAAUAUGAAAAAUUCUGUAUAUAAUAUCUUUGAUGAAGUAUCUGACUCAAAAUUUCCUGGUUUUAACAAGGCAAUCUGGUUAGAAUGUACACAAGAAGCAGGUGAAAUUAUAUUUGUUCCUAGCGGAUGGUAUCAUCAAGUUCAUAAUUUGGAGGAUACGAUAUCUAUAAACCACAAUUGGUUCAAUGCCUAUAACCUUUCUUGGGUGUGGAAUUUACUUUUAAGGGACUACAAUGAGGCCAAGGAAUACAUAGAAGACAUCAAGGAUGUAUGUGAUGAUUUUGAGGGUCUCUGCCAGCGCAAUCUUGCUGCUAACACAGGGAUGAAUUUUUUUGACUUCCUUACUUUCAUGUCAUACUUCACCUUGGCCAACUUGGUGCUGCUUUCCUACGUAAAUGGAAGAUAUGGAAGUACCACUCAAAGUUCAUCAAUAAUAUCUCAGCAUUUAUCCAUGAAUCUUGGGUGUAUAAAAAAGAUUGCAUCGGAGAUGAAACACGUGCAUGCUCUGGAAGGAAAUCAUGACUGUGUUGUGGAUAUGAUCAAAGCAUAUGAAGAUCCUAGGUUUUCCAAAUUGUGCAUGCAUGUAGGAAGAACAUAUAUAAUGAUACAUGAGCAAUCUUAUUUGUCCUUUGAUAUCAAGAAUGCUUCACUGGGUGAUUUGGUGGACCUCAAUGUGAUGAAAGCGCACACAUCUUCUCAGAUCUACAAACCUGAAGAUCUUAUUAAAUUUAUGGACGAUGCUGUUGCAGAACUGAGUGACUGUUACAUUGAGCUAUCUGUACUCAGUGUCACUUGAUUGCCAUUUCAAAAUUCAUAUUCAACAACUGAUAGUGAUUGAAGUUGGAGCCAGCUACUGCAGUCUUCCAAUCUUUAUCUCUUGCCUUAGGAGCUUAUGAGACAAAAAUGGUAGCACCUAAUUAGCACUUGUCCUGGGUUAACAGUGGAUAUCACACUGUUCAAACUUCAAGUGCAUUAGUGAGUGGGGUUUGGUUGGUGUAUUCCUUCAAACUCAGGAAUUGCAGCUAUCAGACUGGGUCUCCAUAGUAAUUGUGUGAAGGUGGUCCACUAGGUUUCAGACCGUGGUAGUUGGUUGGGGGUUCCUUCCCCUUUUGCGUUGUUAUACUUUUUAGUGAUGUUGUACCUCAACCAUUGUGCAAAACUGAUAAAAUUAUUAUGUCUUAAAUAUAUUUUCUCUUAGUCAAAAGAUAUCCAUCUUUAUUUUAGAUCUAUAAAAUUAUUAUGGUU